UGAGAAGGGAAGAAAAACUGCUUAGUUGUAGGGAAGAGGAUGUGAUCCCUAUGCAGAACAGAGGCAGCCUUCAGAAAGGGCAACAGAGAUGUGUGACACUGAGAAUCCGAAGUCCCCUGAGCUGGCAGGAUUGGAUGAGGAUGUGCUGAUGCCCUCUGGAUGGAGCCACUUCAAUCUCGGAAGCCAAAGAAGUCAGAGCCUGAGGAGCUUUCCAGCUCCCUGGCUGAGUCGCCUGGGCUUCCUGACGAGGAUAGUCUUCUUUGCCCUUUCCUUCAUCCUCAGCAUCAUUAUCUUAUCCCAAGUCUUCCAGAAUCAAAGUCAGCAUAAUUUGGAGCAUGAAGCAAUCCAGAAGAAACUGAACCAGCUCUCUGCCCAGCUGAAAGAUGGUGGGGUCUUCCAGAAUCAAAGUCAGCAUAAUUUGGAGCAUGAAGCAAUCCAGAAGAAACUGAACCAGCUCUCUGCCCAGCUGAAAGACGAUGGGGACCUGAGGGCCAAAGAACAAGUUCAAGCUGCACAACUCAUCAAACAACUGAACAAAACCCUGAGUGCCCUUUGCCGUCCAUGUCCCUGUGACUGGAAGCUCUAUAAGGACAGUUGUUACCAGUUCUCUGUGUACCGAAAGCCAUGGGAGGCAGCCAGAGCGGCGUGUGAGGCAGAUGAUUCCAAGCUGGUUAUCAUUAGCUCUUCUGAGGAGCAGAAAUACCUGAACCAGAGGGCUGACUCCAUCCACCGGUGGUGGGUGGGACUCAGUGACAAGAAGAAAGAGGGGCUCUGGCACUGGGUGGAUGGAACGACUCUGAAGCAGGCCUUUUGGAAUGAGGGAGAACCCAACAAUGCUGGUGAUGAGGAUUGUUGUGAGCUGACCUCUCAAGGUUGGAAUGAUGCACCCUGCAGCAAGGAGAACUACUGGAUCUGUGAGAAGGAAGCUUCCCCUUGUAUCAAGCUCUGAGGAGCUCCAGGGCUUGGGGGCAUAGGGGUCGGUAAGGGUGGUGACUGUGUCUGGAUAGGAGAGAAGAAGAGAUGGGGCUGGGAGCCAGGACUCUUGUAUCUCAGUUUAUCCUCUUGUGAAUCCUGGCCCUUAUUUUCUUUCAUGAAGGCCAAAGUUCCCUGAGAUUCCCCCAAAUAAACCUUUCCCUUACACUAUCUCCUAUACUAAUCUCCAUGGCUUUGGCUAUCACCUCCAUCUAGCUGACUCCCACAUCUACAUCUCUUGCAUGCUUGCUCCCUUAAGUUCUGAACUCUAGACUCCAUCUGUCUGUGGCUGACCAUCCAUCCCUGCCUGGAGGUCCCAUUUCACUGCAAUAAAUGACUCCCCCAUCUUAUGCAUAUUUUUGUAAAGGUUUCCUGCAUGUACAGUAUCUGGCACCUAAUUGACACCUAAUAAAUGCUGGUUGGUUGAUUAA